AUGGCCGCUAACAUCGCCUUCAAUAACAGCAGCCUUGUCAAUAUGAGCUUGUCACUCAACCAGAUUAUAACGGCUUCAAUUCCAGUGAUGACUGCGACCGUGGCAGUCGCCGUGGAGCGUCAAGUGCCUGGCAGGGGUGAGGCAGCAGGACUCGUGGUGUUGACAGGAGGCGUCAUGCUUUCGGCAUCGCGAGUGCAGCUUUUCCUGGUGGUCAAGGGCCACGGCGUCUAUGUAAUGGUGCUCCUUAGCAGCACUCUGGCAUUGUGCUACAACAUUGUUAUUGUUAUUAUUAUUAUUACACGCUUUUCCUGCCGAAGGCAAGGUGCGUCUGCAGACAAGCUGCAUGUAAAGGCUGCCAAAUUCCUACCCCUUGUUGGACUCGCCAGAUCCAAGCAAGACCCAAUCAACCGUGUGCACAACAUUGUGCACUACCUACUAGUAAUUAGAGUUAUAACAAGAGGUCGCGACCAAUCGAUCGAUUCCACUUUUACUGUGUAUUGUAUUUUCUUGGGGCGUCAUAGUGUCACAUUACGGUGCAAGGCACGUUCCUGCCAGGAAGACUCCUGA